UUCUCUCCCCAAACCAUUCAAAAGAGCAAGGUAUUACGCUCAGCUCACGAUCCGCAAAGGGAGCACGUAAAACACCCAGGUCGGAGAUUUGUCAUGUGUACUAACCUCCAGCAGAAACAGACUCUCUUCUGGAAGAUCCGGCCAGCGUAGAAAACCGCCCACCAGUCCCGCCCACUAUGCCGUCAGACAGCGACGCAGCAGCAACUCCUCUCACGGACGACGAGGAGAAGCAGCAGCUGCAGAGGUCGCCAUCCCCAGCAGACUCUCGAUCGGAGGAGGGCGAGGCCAGGAGCGACGACAGCCCCCCUAGACACGAGGAGCAAGAGGAGGAGGGCGACAGCAAUGAGGAUCCUCAACAUGGCGGCGACACAUCUUUCUCGAAGCAGAAAGACUCUACAGACGCGCCGCCCCUCCCCGACGAGCCCCUCCCAGGCCAGGCGCCUCCCCUGCCAUCCGAGGCCCCGCCAGAGAAUGCAGACGACGGCUGGGAAGCGAAAUGGGACGCGGCCAACUCGGCAUGGUACUUCUACAAUCGCUUCACGGGCGUCUCACAAUGGGACAACCCGCGCGUACCCACCUCUAGCACUGGCGAGCCGGCUGGCAUCUCUGCAACCGGUGCGCCAGGUACUUCCACGACGGCAGCGGCGACGGCAAUCUCCCAACCCACCUCCGUAGCAGGGGGCUACAACCCCGCGAUCCAUGGGGACUGGGACCCCAACGCGCCGUACGCACAAGCCUACAAGGCGGGCGAUGAGGAGUACGAGGCCGAUCUUGCGGCGUACAAUGCAGAGGCGAUGGCGGGCGUGGAGGGUGAGGAGGCGGGCGACCCGUCGUACCUGCAGAAUGUGGCGUUCAACAAGGGCACGGGCAAGUUCCAGACGGGCGACCAGAACCCAGAGAAGUACACGGACGCCAACAAGUCGUACCGCCAAAUGAAUGCGUACUUCAACGUCGACCAGGCUGCAAACUCGCAUGACGGCCGGAGCUUGAAGGCCGAGAGGAGGGGAAAACAGCCCACCCGGAAGGAGCUGGCCAUGUGGAAGGAGAAGCGGAAGGCCAGGAAGGAAGAGAAGAGGCGGGCCUGGUUGAGGGACUGAUGGCAACUGUCUCCUGCUACAUCUUUUGCUUUCUUUCUUCUCUAAUCUGUGAGAGACUUUCUGCAUUUACACAACGGCAUUGAACCGGGUAAGCUUGGAGCGGGCAGGGUAGGGCAGGGCACAUGUGUUGAAAAAGAUUACAGUUGGAUCGUGAGUUGACGAGUGUGGACGAGUCCUAGGAUGGACAUUAGGAUGGUGAUUGCCCAAGGAAUUCUUGCUGGCUUUGCUCUGUUAGAGAGCUUGAAUACCCAAUGAGGACAGCGUAGUGCGCUCUUUUUCUGAACAAAUUACAAAACUUUAGAUG